CUGAGGGCAUGAGCCUGGCCGAGUUCCUGUACCCCGCGCUGCAGGCCUACGACUUUCUGCACCUGCACCAGCACCACGGCUGCCGCAUCCAGCUGGGCGGCCACGACCAGAUGGGAAACAUCAUGUCCGGAUACGAGCUCGUCACCAAGAUGACAGGAGCAGAGGUGUUUGGAAUUACUGUACCUCUUAUUACCAGUACUACUGGUGAUAAACUGGGAAAGACUGCUGGAAAUGCAGUUUGGCUGAACAGGGAGAAGACUUCUCCUUUUGAGCUCUAUCAGUUUUUUGUCAGACAGCAAGAUAACGUGGUUGAAAAAUACCUGAAACUGUUCACCUUCCUUCCUCUUGAGGAGAUUGCCCACAUCAUGGAAAUGCAUGCUAAAGAACCUGAGAAAUGGGGCCCUCAGAAACGACUGGCUGCUGAAGUAACUAAGCUUGUCCAUGGUAGAGAGGGGCUGGAAUCUGCUAAGAGGUGCACUAAGGCCCUUUACCACAGCAGUGUGGAGGCACUGGAAGAAAUGUCUGACCAAGAGCUACAGGAACUUUUCAGACAAGCUACUUCUGCUGAACUGCUGCUUGAAGCUGGCAUGACUGUUCUUGACUUGUGUCGCAAAGCAAAUGCCAUUCCAGAUGGACCUAGUGGGUACCGGAAAAUUACAGACGGAGGAGUUUCAAUAAAUGGGAAUCGUGUAACUAAUCCUGAGACUGUUCUUAUUCUGGGACAGCAUAUUCUGAAGAAUGGAGUAUCAUUACUUAGGGUUGGAAAGAAAAAUUACUACAUUAUAAAAUGGUUGCAGUUGUGACAACAGAGUAUCUCCCUAAAAGGACAGGUCUGACUCUGCUGCUUGAAGAGGUACUUGAAGAUAUUUCUGUACUGUGCAUUACUACACAGCUCACAGACUGCCCAACACUUUUUUCAAAAUGCACCAGAGUUCAAAUAAAGGAGCUGAGUUAUACCACUGAAGAGAUUGUGGAUACUCUGCCUUAUUCAAAGCACCAUCCAUAAGGAUCUGCAUAAGAAGAAAAGAUUCAUUUCAAAGUCCAGCGAUGGAGAUGUGCUUUCCCUCCUGUAACAGCCCUCUGUGUUGUAGAGGAACAGUGGCCAGUUAUUCCACAGGAUAACCCACAGGAAAAUGAGCCAAAGCAAACUCAAACCCACUCCUUCUUACAGCCAGUGAAAGAAUCCUUGCUGGGGGCAAAGACAGCCAACCUGUGGUCAUGUUUCCCUGAACAGGUUUGCUUUGAAGGAAGCUGCAGAAAAGUCAUAAUAAAGAUUCCUAAUAAAUGAUUAGGCACCAGUGAAA